CAUAGAAGAUGACGGUGACGGGCACUAGGACCCAGGAGGCAGCGUCCUGGAGCUGCCUGCCAGCCUUGCCCAGGAAAGGGACAGAGGGGAGCCUCUUCCCUCCCUGGCAGCUAAGCAGAGCUCCGGAGAAAUCAGGCUGGGGGGAGCUGCGGGGGAGGGGGCAAUGCCUGCUCAAACGACACCCACGACUGGCACGGGUUCCCGUGAUAACCGGAUUUGUAGUGUCCGGUCACCAGUGUUAACCGGAUCCCUGGCAGUGUGUUACUGCAGUGGGGCGAUGCAGCAGGCGGCAGUCUGAGCUCCUUCCUAGCCAAGGGGGCUGCUUUGCCUUUCCUGAUGGCAGGAGCGCUCCAGCCCGGCCGCGUGAGCAAGCUCGCUCCCGCCUCACCCGGCCUCGGCCGCACCCCCUGCCUGACCAGUAGGGCCUAAAAAGAGCAGGGUCUAAGGCUGUAGCCUUAUUUGCCUGUGGGUUAAUCCGGCCCUGGUGGCUGGAACAUAGAAUCAUAGAAUAUCAGGGUUGGAAGGGACCUCAAGAGGUCAUCUAGUCCCACCCCCUGCUCAAAGCAGGAAAACCCCGUGCAGACAGACUCAUUGUGAUCAGGCCUUGCAAGCUCGGCUUCUGCUAGCAGAAAGCGGGGGCGGAAUAUGCAAAGUGCUGAGCACGGCAUAGUUAGGCAAAGGGAUUAGCUACACACAACCGGGCCCCCCGCCUGUGGGGUUUGAAGCUGUAAAGCAGCCGGAGAUGCAGUUUGUUGUAGCCCUGAUGCUCUAUCUCGUGCAGUUGUGCACGCCAGCCGGACUCCAUUCCCCGAGGAUCUGGGGUAAGGCACUGCAGGACCAGGCCCCACAGUAUCGUCUUCCACAGCAAUUCUAGGCCACCGGGUCAGGAUGGAGUGCCAGGGCAGUUACAUCAGGGGCCCAGCUCAGUCAGGUUGUGUAUCUCCUAAGUAGAUCAGGGUUGAAAUCCCUGGUCUCCGAGGCUGAGCAAUGUGGGGCUGGAGUGCCCAGAAUAGCUUGCCCAGCCCCCUGCUGCCCUCUCAUGGCAUCAGCCCACCAAAAUGGGGGGAGGGAGGGCUCAUGUGGGUGGAAUCAUUAGUGCUGACUACCCAGCAAUGCUGAGGGCUUUGUCAGCAGGUAGCCAAGCUAGAAGGAAGCCAGCUUGGCUGCAGCCACACCUCCACUUGCACUGUGGGCAUAUGGGGAUGGGGGUGUGGUGUUCUGUGAGGCCAGAGAGGGCGAGGCGUAACUGACCCAAAGAGAUCCUAGGCCUGGUUUGCCUCUUGCAUGGGUUUCAUGCUGGUGGAACUCCAUUGAGUGUCAGUGGUUUAUUUGGUGUGAGUCAAUGGGGAGGCAGACCGGACUCUCAGUCGCACUGCGGUAAACUCCGGGAAAUUAUGAGCCUGAUGCAGGAGCUCAGACAACAUGUUCAGAAUGGGCUCUCUGGCCUUGAAAUCUACGCAGCCAGCCUGUGCCGCUUUAGCUUCCCGGCUAGUGCUGCUCCAGCACGUAUCCCUCACAGGCGUGUACAGCCUGUGCUGCUGCUGCUGUUAUUGGAGCGAGCAAGAUGAAGGCUAGUCUGGUACUACGCAUGCUGCAAUCACGCCUCGGAUCGCAGUGGAGACAAACAUACCGCGACCUCUUCCCUGCGAAUGGCCCGGCUUCUAUAGCUGAUCGUAUAUCAGACUUCAGCUCCCUUCUCUUUCCAUCCCAGCCUGGGUGGCCCCCACCGUGCCCUGCUCCAGCUUUCGUUCAGCACAGAGAGGUGCCAUUGAAACUCUGUGCUGUGCACAUGCACACUCGCCCCCACUAACUGUAUACGCACACACGCUGUCCGUCUGUGUGCGUCUCUCUCUGGGCACGGCACACAUGCGUUUUACACUCGCUCAUCCAGAGUCGCAGUGGUAUAUUGUGUGAUCCAUCAAGCUCCCUUGGCCCCUGUUUGAAUGAAUUACUGUGACAGCUGCUGCAUUCUGUAGAACCUCCCAGGAGGCCUGGCUGCCUGGCCAUGAGCCCCUGAAAUCCUAUUACCGAGUUUCAAGAGAAAUAAAAAGUUAAUCGUCUCUGUGGCUCUCCGCGGCCGCCGAAGCACUACGCAGACCUGCCUGCGCUGAAGGCUGGGCCGCUGCAGUGCUGGUGGGUGCCAGAGAAAAUGAAUUUGAUCAGCUAAUCAACUUCAUCGAAAUAAGCGAAUGUUGUGAGGCUGCCCCAGGAUUCUCUGGGACAGAUUAACAGGCAAGCCGGAGCAGGGAUUCCCCAGCCGAACAGGGUCAAAUCUGUGGCUGGUCACGUCUUGCAUUUAAAAUCCACCCGGUGUGUGUGCGGCCUGUGCCGGAGUGGAAGAACAUCUGGACAAGGAGCAGAGAGUGCUCCAGCUUUGCACCUGCCAAUAAGGUGACUUUGUGCUCCAGGUCUGGGGCCCAGCCUCGCUUCCCCGUGAGCCAGAGCCCCGCCGGCCGCUUGCCAUGCCCCUUCAGUCGGAGAUCCUGCGUGAGGUGUGGACCUCAGACAGUGUGAAUAAGGAACCCGGGAGCCCUCAAAAGCAGAAACUUAACAAGCAGCGCCUCCUGCCAGGGCAGAAGCAGAAGAAGAAGCGCCAGGAGCCCACGCUGGAAGCCAAGCCCAAGAAAUCGAAAGUGAAAAAGUUGGACAACCCAAGCCCGGCAGAGGAGCCCAGCACCCCCUCUCAGACUGUCAGGAAACUGAGGAAGAAGAAGGAGGAGAAACUGGAGGAGGAGAGUGAAAAGCAGCCCUACCCCAAAUCCACCAAAGAGCCCAGGAAGAAGAAGGAAAGUCCCACGUUGCAUUUCAGUGUGGCCAAAGCCUCGAAAAAGAAGCAGGAGGACUCUGAGGAGGAGGAAGAGGAGGAGGCGGAGAAUAAUGACCCACCGAAAAAGCCAAAAAAGAAGCCCCCCAAAGAAAUCCCAGCUGGAGAAAGCAGGGAGAGAAAACCCAAGCCGAAAGGAGACAAAAGUGAUUGCGAUGCCAAGCCCAGAGCUGCCAAGCCCACGAAGAAGGAGCCAAUGUCCAUGUUCCAAGUGAGCGGGGACAAGAAGGAGAGAAAAGGCAAAAAGAAAGCCCCAGCUCUCACGAACAGCGAGGCGGAAGACGACUCUGAUUCCAGCACCAAGCCAAUCAAACCCGACACGAAAAAGGACACAGCUUCCAUGUUCCAGGCGGGAGGAGACAGCCACAAAGAGAAGAAGACCAAAAAGAAAGCUCUUCCCAAAGCCGCUGGAGAGGGGAGCGAGGGAGAGGCCUCGGAAAGCCCUCAGAAGAACUCCAAUAAGAAAGGGAAAGGGAAGAAGUCCAAGAAGAAGGAGGAGAGGCCGCCAUCCCCCAUCAUCGAAGUGGACAACCUGGAGGACUUUGUGCUGCGGCCGGCUCCUCAGGGGAUGACCAUCAAGUGUCGGGUCACUCGAGACAAGAAGGGGAUGGACCGGGGCCUCUAUCCUACAUAUUACCUGCACCUGGACAAUGAGAAAAAGGUGUUCCUGCUGGCUGGUCGGAAGCGGAAAAAAAGCAAGACCUCGAACUACCUGAUUUCCAUUGAUCCCACUGAUUUGUCCCGAGGCGGAGAGAACUUCAUUGGGAAGCUGAGAUCCAAUUUAAUGGGGACUAAGUUUACUGUGUUUGAUAACGGUGUGAACCCCGACAGAGCAAAUGCCGACUGGUCGAACGUGCGACAGGAGCUGUCAGCCGUCGUGUAUGAGACAAAUGUUUUAGGGUUCAAAGGACCCCGGAAAAUGACUGUGAUCAUCCCUGGAAUGAAUUCGGACAAUGAGCGGGUGCCAAUCCGGCCCCGAAACGAUAACGACGGGCUGCUUACGAGAUGGCAGAACAAGAACAUGGACAACCUCAUCGAGCUGCACAACAAGGCCCCGGUAUGGAAUGACGAGACCCAGUCUUACGUCCUGAACUUCCAUGGCAGAGUCACCCACGCCUCCGUCAAGAACUUCCAGAUCGUGCACGGCAACGAUCCUGACUACAUUGUGAUGCAGUUUGGCCGUGUGGCGGACGACGCUUUCACCAUGGACUAUAACUACCCCAUGUGUGCUGUGCAGGCUUUCGCCAUUGCCCUGUCCAGCUUUGAUGGGAAGCUGGCCUGUGAAUAACACGCCUGGGAACCCUACGUCCCUGACUUGUACUGAGCCUAGGCCAGUUGGAGGAGCAACGUUGCCAGUUGGAAUGGCUGAGCAAGGCAGGGGUUUGCCUACAAUACGGGGAUCUGUGCUGACGCUCGAGAACCCGUGAAUCACACUGCGGAUGUGAAUAACAGCUGGACUGGUGUUAUUAAUGUUACCUGUCCACAUCUGGAGAGUGGAGCUGAAUGAGACCAAGUGGAGUCGUUAAAUGCAAAUACGUAUCCACUGAUUAGGGUGUAGCAGGUCAGAUAUCACACAGUCACCGUUCCGUCUUCCUCAGCUUCCACCCUGAUGGAAGAGAUGGCCCCAAGCACUGCAAAGACGCUCUUUUAAGCUAUAGUGGGUUGGAUCGUUACUGUAGAAUACCAGAGUACUCUUUGUACUCUUGUCUCCAUUGAGUCUCUGGGUGGUUCAGAACUGGCCACUGGUCCCAGACUACAAAGCAGCUAUAUAUUUAGCAGAUGAGCCCGACAGUUGCUCUGACAUCAUCCUUUCAGGAAGUUCCUCAGAAUCCCUGAAAUACUUUGUUUUUUAGAUUCUGUUUUAUAUAUUGUAGCAUUAGGUUUAAAUGACACAGGUGGGGGAGCAGGUUGUUUUAAUUUGUUUUCUUUGUACUGAUAAUGGUCAAUAAAUGAAGAACUGUGGGACAAAUCUCUGUUCAUUAAAAAAAUGAAAUUGAA